UAUGAAAAUUGCAAACUUACAAGUCGACAACAAAAUUUACAGAAUGAAGAUUUUAAAGAUAGCAGCAUGUGUUGUGGUCAUAUUCAACAUUGCUGUAGUCAUGUCUGCCCCACCAAGAAAUGUUGUACAAAUGCAGGAAGAAAAGCAUACCAAGGAUGUUCAUGCAGACAUACCGGUGGUCAAUGAAGCUGAGAAACUGACAGUGGAUGAGCUGCAGCCCCCUGAUCAUCUUGAUGCUGUUAAGCUGGAGAAAGACGGCAUGAUCAAUAAGGAUUUCAAAAAAGAGAUAUUUCUUGGGGAGCACGAGGAGAUUGAAGGUGACGAUUCUGAUAUUGCUGAGUCAAAGCUGAAGGACAUCUUCACCAAAGUGGAUGAGGAUGCAGACAACCGUCUGUGUAUCCCGGAGCUGGAAAGCUGGAUCAAAAAGAAGACUGAGGAACAUUUUGAUGAGGGGUUGGAAGAGAAUGAGCACAUCUUUAAACACCUUGACCCUGAUGGUGAUGGUCUUGUGGACUGGAAGGAGUACUACAUCCACUUCCUGUUGGCCAAGGGCUACCCAUCAGAGCAGGCGAAGAAACAUGUUGAGGAUUACGACAUUGACCUAGAUUACCAAGAGCGUGAGCAGUUAAUACGUUACAAGUUCAAGUGGACGGAGGCGGACAUAAACCCCAUAGAUAACAAGCUCUCAAAGGAGGAGUUUCUGGCCUUCAGACAUCCCGAACAGAGCACGCAGGCACUGGCAAACAUGGUCAAAACCAUUAUGGAGUCCCUAGACAAGAACGAGGAUCAUGUUCUAACGGAGGAUGAGUUUGUGACCUUACCGCUGGGCGAUAUUGAUGAUGAAGAACAGAAGAAGCUGGAUAAUUCCUGGAAGAAGCAGCGCAGUGUAGAGUUCAGGAACCAGAUUGAUGCUGAUCAUGACGGGAAAGCUACAGAUAAGGAGUUGUUGAUGUACAUCGACCCUCGAAGUGAAGAAAAUGCGCGUGUCGAUGCCAAGAGUCUAGUUGAUAAUUUAGAUGAUGAUAAUGACAGUUGUAUUUCUUGGAGUGAAAUAGAAGACCACAAAGACAUCUUCAUUGAAAGCAAAGUAGUUAAUGUUCGUAGAAUCUUACACGACGAGUUUUGAAUUAGUAAAAGAAAUUGGUUUUAAUUAUCAACUUACCUUUUCAUACAUUUCUAAUAAUCAACUUAGGUUUUCAUAGCUAUCUAGUCAUAAAAAUGCUGCAUUCUUUGAUUUUUAAUAUUUUGUCUAUUUUUACAUUUUUUAAGUAUAAGCAACCAAAUAGUCUACCACUGUCUUUGAACUUUUAUACACACAUUUAUUAAUGCAUAAUAGCUGAAAUACACUCAACAAGAUUAAUAAAGGUCACUACAAAAACCUAUUGUAAGCUUGCUUACAGAAAUAAUGAGAAAAACAUUAGUUGCUAGAAAGCAAGAGUGAAUCUAGGUGAACAUGUGAAAGUUGUAUCGGAAUUGUAAUGUAUACGUAAUUUUUAGACCCUUAAUAAUUUUGAUGGGUGUAUGUGGUUCAGGUGUAAAAUAACCUAUGAAGUAUCUUUUUUUUAAGACAUGUUCGAACAUGAACAAUGUUAAACAUGUUGAUUAUAUUUCCAAGUCUUAUUGUAACAUAACAAGUGAAAUUACUUGUAAAUAUAGGUUGUAUUCUAACAGUUGAAAUGUUAAAUCUGUGCUAAUAUAAAGAUAUAUUGUCAUAUAACUGUUGCUAUGACAACUUUUGUCAAAAUGAGGGCAUUAUAUUGCUAUGAAACAAGACUGUAAAAUAAUAGAAUCAUAAGUUAAAUCUUGAUAUGUGGCUGUUCAGAAUACAUGUAUACAUAUUGUCGAGUACAAGUUGUAUGGAGGCUUUUAAUUGGCUAGUUGGAAUGUUGAAUCUGAGGCUUUUCAUUGGCUAUUUGGAAUGUUGAACCUGAGGUUUUUCAUUGGCUAGUUUGAAUGUUGAACCUGAGGCUUUUCAUUGGCUAGUUGGAAUGUUGAACCUGAGGUUUUUCACUGGCUAGUUGGAAUGUUGAACCUAUCUGAAAUAGAUGACUUUGUAAACAUAGGCUGUAACAUGUUAUUAUGUAUUUCUUUGUCUCAUAUACUCAUGCUGGUAUGUUAUCAUGAACUGGAGUUUUGGAAGUAAACUUGUAAACAAUAUUUAGAAAACACUAUUUUCAAGAAAUCUGUUGUGAAAAAAACAAACAAGUUAUUUAUCAAUUCUUAAAAUAAGUUUAAGUUGAUAGUUUCAUGUAAAAUGUUUAACCCUUUGAGUUAACAAAGUUUGCUUUAUAAGUCUGAUCUAAGUUAUGAUACAUAUAUUAACAGUAACAGUAAUAUUCAUUGAAAUGAAAUUAAACCACUGUUUGGGGGAUAUUGUUUUAAAUAUGUAUUGGGAAAUCUUGUUUUAAUGUUAUUUUUAAAUAUGAAUAGUUAAUUUUAAAUAUGUUAAAGGUUUUAGCUUGUCAGUUUAAAAAGGGGGAUGCUUCUGCCCCCUUCUGCCCUCAAAAUUCAAAUUCUUAAAGUAAGCCACUGUAUUUGGGAAAUGUUGUUCUAACUAUGUAUAUGAAUUUAGCUUGGCAGCUAUAAAAGGGGCUGUCCCGUGCCCCUUUAACCAUCAUGACACAAAAUUGAACACACUGUUGCCUUCACAGAAUUCAAUGCUUACAGUAAUCAAAGAGUCUUUUGUUUUUGUAAUGAAAACUUAUUGUAUGAUUAUAAAUGGAUACAAACUUUGCAUAAUUAGCAGUUGAAACUUAAAAUUACUUCAAUUAAACACUAUUUUCAAUUUUUUUAUUCAAAAUCAAAAUAGAAAUUGUUCUUCACAGCGCAAUACAAUGUAUCUUUUUUGUAGCACCCUGUCCUGUCUCAAGUCGGGCUAAUGUCCAUCAUAAUGUAUACCAGAUGUCGCACAUGUUCAUACAUGUACCGUAUAUACAUAUAUUAAAAAAUAUAAUCACUUAUAAUAUCUUUCAAAAGUAUUGUUACAAUGUUAAUUGUUGUUGUGAUUGGUAUAUUGUAUGUUGUCUGUAAUGUAUGAAAGUUCAUAUAUAAGUAUGAACAUGUACACAUUGCCUUUUUGUAUGAUAUUCGGCCACAUGGGUCCUUGAUCUUCUGGUGAAUGUUCUGUUUUGUUCUGUUCUGUUCAGGUGUCUUUCAAUUGUUUUAGUUUUAGUUUUUUAUUGAUGUUUGUUUGUGUUUGUUAGCUAGAUGAAACAAAUUCUCUGUCAUGUCAUUUCUCAAAUAUAUGAUAAACAUUUUUAAUCUGACCAGUGUAAAAUUUUAUUAAUGUUGUAUGAUAAAUUUGUUGUUAUUGAAUAUUUUGUGCAAUAUAAUUAUGAAGAAUUCCAAAUAAUUUAUUUUAUCAGCCCAAUUAUUCAUUUAUUCAUUUUUUUUGGUAGAAAUAAUCCUUGUAUUUUAAGAUGCAAUUAUUUUAUGUAAAAAUAUGAGGAAAAAGGUAAAGGUCUUUAAAAGAAAAAAAACAGAUUUUUUUGUCAUAUUCAAGGAGUAAUUUUUUCAUCUUUUGAAGUGCAAUAACAGUUCAUCCACAGAAUGUACAUAUUUAAGAGUAAAUGCCAUCAGGAAAAACAAUGAGUAUAGGGCUCGGGAUGGGCAGGAAAUUGAUAAACUGUGUCCAAUGACAUGAAUAACAAGGCUUCUUAUUUUGACUUAUUAAAAUAAUGGUCCAGCUAUGCCAACAGACAUGCACCAGUAUCAGCUUUUGGUGCUCUCGUUUUGGAUAUUGUUCAGGCCAAAUUUUCGCAAGCACCGUAAGUCCCUUAGUCACAGGGUUAAGACAAGUUGAUUUUUUUUGUUUCGGUAUAAUUUGUGUAAUAUUUACAUUAUUAAAUGUAAAAGUUUUUGAACUUUAAAAGGAAAAUUAUCUUUAUUUUGACUACUACAAACUAAUUUUUUAUUUUUCAAAAGUUAAGUAAGAAAUCUGGCAUUAUGAAAUAUGCUACUUAAGCUUGUCAUGCUAAAAUCUUUCGAUAAGUUGGUACCUGAUUCAAGAAUCUUGUUGUCAAAAAAUAUUUGCAAUUCCAUACUUCAUACUCUACACACCAAUGUGUCAAGCCUGUUUUGUUUCUUUUGAACAACUGGCCCCAUUUCCCGAAACAUCUUAAGUCUCUUAUAACAGGAUUAAGCUAAGCUGGCCUGAGGCCGUAAGCAAGAAUCUUGGUUGUCAAAAAAAAUGGACUUUGAAAAGAAUCACUGAUAUGCUUUAUGAAUAUGACCCCUGAUAAGCCUUUUAAAUCAGCCUUUGUUGUUGUUGUUAACACAUGAAUCUGUGAUAAUACAUGAUUGUGUAUGGUGUACUGUUGUGGGAUGGUUUCGCAGAAAGGGCAUAGGAAUUAUUUUCUAUGUAAAGUGCAUGGAUAUUUUGGUUUUUACAUAUAUUUUAAAAAUGUUAAUGUUUAAUACGAGUUUGAUUGUUUAUAUUAGCUGUAUGUUUAGAUAUCAAAUGAUUUGAAGAGUCAAUGCUCAGUAUUAAUUUCAGUUAGAACAAAGGCUGGUAUCUAUCUAUAAGAAUUAAAAAGGUUUUGUACUUUAUGAUGAAUGUAUGUGGUAUAUUAUGACUUGACUUGAACAUUCCCGAUUAUGUACAAUAAGGGACAUCUUGUCAAUGCAGGUAACAUACGACUGCUUUUUCAAGUUAACCUUGCUGAGUGGUAGUAAUUAUUAUUUCAAAACUAAGAGCUUUAUCUGUCAGUUUUAAGGAAUAAAUUGAUUUUGCGAAGCUCACUUAAAUAUGCCACAUUGACAUUCUUCAUCGUACAAUAUUUUGGUUAAUACUAAUUUAUUUUGCUUGAUUGUAAACACAGCUGAAUGCUGUUAUGAAUCACUCUCGAGUCUUGUUUCUGGGCAAAAACCAGUACUGUGUCUUUUAUGAGAGGCCAUGAGAAAGUACCUUAUCAGGAGAUGAAAGCCACAACCUCUUUGUUGUGAGAUGGAGACCUAUACCAUUAGACCACCCUCACCCCUGAUGAUAUUUUAUUGUACGCACGCUGAUGGCCCUAUACAGACUACAUGUGCACAUGUUACUGGACUGCUAGGCUUGGCCCUUAAGUUGCUGUUGUAAUACUUCAAACAGUACACACAUUUGUUCGAAGCCUGUUUUUUUUCUCGAAACAACUCAACUCUCUUAUUACAGGAUAAAGUUAAGCUCACUUAUUAUUGUUUUUGUAUAAUUAGAUUAUUUUUUUCAUUUACGGAGUUUUGAGACUAUUAUAGGAAAUGAUUUUUAAGAAAAUCAUGAUAAGCUGGGGCCUGUUUAGUAGCGUAAUUACAUCAUGUCAAAGAGAUUCUCCAUGGUGAUUUACAAGCAAACCCACAUGACUAUUAUACACAAAAAACAAAUACCAAUAAAAAACUGUCAAUAUUCUUAUGUUGGUAGGAAAAUGUUUCUUUGAAUAGUUGUAUUGAUACAUGUUUUAAUUAAUGUUUUCCAUUAAGUAUUAACGAAAUUAUAUAUAUAUAUAUAUUUAUAUGUAUUACACAUUUUUAAAUGUAGUUUAUGUUUAUGUAUUUUUGUUUAUGACUGGGAUAGCCCACAUCUAUUGUCUCAUUUAACUUUCACAUUUUGGUAAUGUAUAAUAUCGGCUAUGCUUCAGUCUAGAAGAAUCGGAUGGGUAUCAACAAUUUCUGCAUGUCAGAACAAUUUCUCUGCUCAUGGCUAUUUUUAUAUUUAUAUGUGGGAGAUUAUAUUGACAGUAGACUACGGUACAUAACAUACCACUUAAUGGAUGUAUCAAUGUUUAUGCCGUUUUUAAGCAAUUUUUGACUGAAAUCAAUAUGUUUAUCUAGAAUGCCUAAAUUUUGGUGGCAAUUUACAAAGGUCAUAGGUAAAAACUGAAAUCCUUAGAAAAUAGAAACUGCUUAUUACAACCAAGACUGCUAAGUGUAAAAAUGUCAUAAUAAUACAUACUGUGUCUAUGGUAGCAUAAUAAAGCUAUGUGUGCAUUGUCAUUUUCUGUUAUAAUUGUGUAUUAUGACAUCAUGAUGGAACUGUACGGUAUGUAUUCAUAUAAGUGUAGUGCACUUUUAUUUUCUGGGUUUGUGAACAAAUAAAUGAUUCAACUAAUA